GCGCGGCUCGGGGCCGGUCCGGGUCUCGGUCUCCGGUCUCCGGUCUCCGGUUCCCGUCCCCUGCGAUGGUUCCCGAGCGGAGCCGCGGCGGAGGACGGGCGGCAGCGCCGCUGCUGCGGCUCUACCCCGGCCCUGGCAGCGCAGACCUUAAUUUAUUUUGGAUUAGGAUUCCCAUGGCAUGUGAACUAGAAGAUACUUUGAAAUAGAAGGUUUCUUUCCUUUGAAGCCACAGUCUUUUAUCAAAAUGGUUGGAAAACUCAAACAGAACUUGCUGCUGGCAUGUCUGGUGAUCAGCUCGGUGACGGUGUUUUAUUUGGGCCAACACGCUAUGGAGUGUCACCAUCGGAUAGAGGAACGCAGCCAGCCUGUGAGGAUGGAAAGUGUGAGAAGCACAGUAAGAACUGCUUCCAAUGUGAACGCAAACAAAACCUUUGCUUACAACAAAGACAUGCCUUUAAUAUUUAUUGGAGGAGUACCUCGAAGUGGCACUACCUUAAUGCGUGCUAUGCUUGAUGCCCAUCCGGAUAUCCGAUGUGGAGAAGAGACGAGGGUAAUCCCAAGGAUUCUGGCAGUUAAGCAGAUGUGGGCUAGGUCAAGCAAAGAGAAGAUCCGACUGGAUGAAGCUGGAGUCACGGAUGAGGUUCUGGACUCAGCCAUGCAAGCGUUCUUGUUGGAAAUCAUUGUGAAACAUGGGGAGCCUGCUCCGUAUUUGUGUAACAAAGAUCCCUUCGCUUUAAAAUCCUUAACUUAUCUUGCCAGAAUUUUCCCCAAUGCCAAAUUUCUUCUGAUGGUACGGGAUGGGCGUGCAUCCGUGCAUUCCAUGAUAUCUAGGAAAGUCACAAUAGCUGGAUUUGACCUUAACAGCUACAGGGACUGCUUGACCAAGUGGAAUCGUGCUAUAGAAACUAUGUAUAACCAGUGUAUGGAGGUUGGUUUUGAAAGGUGUAUGCUCGUACAUUACGAACAGCUUGUAUUGCAUCCUGAAAGAUGGAUGAGAACUCUCUUAAAGUUUCUUCGCAUCCCAUGGAACCAAGCUGUGCUGCACCAUGAAGAAAUGAUUGGAAAAGCAGGGGGUGUCUCCCUUUCAAAGGUUGAAAGAUCUACUGACCAAGUAAUCAAGCCAGUCAAUGUGGAAGCACUGUCAAAGUGGGUUGGGAAGAUACCUGCUGAUGUUCUGCAAGACAUGCCUGUGAUUGCACCCAUGCUAGCAAAACUGGGCUACGAUCCGUAUGCCAAUCCACCAAAUUAUGGAAAGCCAGACCAAAAAGUUGUGGAAAACACAAGGAGGGUCUAUAAAGGUGAAUUUCAGCUCCCUGACUUUCUUAAGGAAGUGCCACAGCCAAAGAAGACAGUAGAAGGAAAGUCUCGUGCCAAGAUAAAAUGAACAUGGAUCAGUGAAGUCGAAUAGCUGUAGUGUCUGUCUCAUGUGUUCAGAAUGUGACUUUAUGCUGUGGACACCAGUUCCUUCUGAUAAAGCUUUGUGUGAUCUCUCAUGUGGGCUUUGCUCUUUAUAUUGGAUGUUUGCCUGCUCUCACCCUUUGAACAGUCAGUGCUCGUGCUUUGCAAGUCAUGCUCAGCUAAUAGAAAACCAGUAAGAACCUGGCACCACGCAGCUAAAUGUGCUGUUGCUCACAGCAUUGUUCACUCUCAACUCUAUGCAGCUUAAGGGCAAGACAGCUGUUUAAAUGUGUGCUGCUUGCAAGUGAUUGUCAGCAAAUUGUCCGGCCAAAGUGGGCUGCAGUGAUUCCUAAUGCUUCCGAAUGCAAUCAUUGUGGUUGGUUCAAGGUUAUCUGUCUCCAGUGUUGCAGCUAAAGUUGCAGCAGGGCUGCCUGCAGGGACAGGCUGUGCCAGAACAGAUGAAAUACUGCUGAGAAGCAGUUGUGAGCAAUGAGGGAGAUGAGCUGUCUUUAAAACUGAGCACACUGAUCAGAGUGUGCCAGCAAAAUAAAGGGUCUGCCUACAGGAUCCAUUAGUUAAAUUACACUGUGUUUGCCAGUUAUCUUGUGAUAGAGCACAAGAGCUUGGUCCACUCGUGGUAGUGAAUGGCCUCUUCCAAUCCAUAUGGGAGGGAGGCUUCAAAAUGGGACUCAGCUGACUUUCAGCAUUGAAUUGCAGCAUUGACCAAGCUCGGAGCAGAGUUAUCCACAGUAAAGUCAUCUAAAAAGCAAAACUAAGCUGUGUAAAAUAGUAAAAGAAUAAUGUUUAAGCUGUAAAACUGACACUGGAACUGAUGCUGCCAGUGACAUUCUUUACUAAAGCUCAAAUUAACUAAAGCUCAAAUGUAACUAAAGAGCCAGAUGGUUUUGAGUACAAACACUGGUGCUGGUGAUGAUAUUUGUUUUUCCUCUAAUACAAAAUAGCUAAUUUCAUGUUAUUCUUUACC